AUGCCAGCCGUGAUGUUGUCCGCAGUGCUGGAAGAGGAGGCUGACUUGUAUGAAGCUUUUCCUCCUCAUGUUGACCCUUCAGGGAUCACUAUAUUAACUGAUAGUCCACCUGGCAAGAAAGCACCUCUCAAGACCUACGAGGAGAUACAGCCGCUGAUCCAGCAGGGCCGCAAGCGGGAUCUCAAACUCAUCAUCAGAGAGAACUCGUGGCCCAUCAAUAGCCCGAUUCGCGCGUCCCUCUGGCCGGCUCUCUGCCGACAGCACCAACAUGGCAAAUCCAUGCUCGACGGCUUCUACUGGGACAUGGUUACGCAGGUGUUCGGAACUGUGGAGCUCCCAGACAAGCCGAUCAUGCUCCCUCCGUUCGUGGAGGCGACCCACUGUCUCGGAUACCACCUGACUCGCAAGGGCAGGGCGGUCGCCGACCGCGUGGUCUCCGUCCUCGGCUACGCCUGUCCGGACAUCACCUACAGCCCUAGUCUUUACCCCAUCACAGCGGCGCUGUUGCACUUUAUGCCAGAGGAAGAAUGCUACCACUGCAUGGCCAGCCUGGUGGCAUCGAAGGAGAAGAUGUUCAUCACGCAGACGAAACUCCUCAACGAGGUGACAUGGAAGACUGUCAUGCAGAUUGCCAAGAAGCAUGCCAAGUCGGCCGCGCAACAUCUGUCGCGACUCUCCGGCGCAAUUGGCCCAGAACGCAUCUACGCUGAUUGGCAAUGGUGGAUUCUCGCCGCCCUGCCCUUCCCCCAUCUUGUCAGAGUACUGGACUGCUUCUUUCACGAAGGCCUUAAGGUGUUCUACAGGGUAGCACUUGCGAUCCUAAUCCUGUUUCACAAACACAGCACCAAUCAAAAUUCGGAGUGGUACGCUGAAGCGACUAAGAAUGGUGUUGAUCACGCUAUCGACAAGUUUUGUAGGAAUAUGCCGGCGUCUCCUACAAAGCUACUACGCACUGCGUUCAGUAUAAGGGCGCUGAGUUCGCAGUACAUAUCGCGGGUGUUCAUAAAGACGGAGAUGACGCUCAAGUCCAAGCAGGUGAUCACCGGCAACCGUCUGGUGCGGUCUAGGUCAUCGGACAACCUUCCCACCAGUCAAUCUCAGGUCAAUAUCCAGAUGAUGUCGCACACGUUAACUAUACGCGAGUUAUUCACUCUGUGGUCGUGGCUGCCCGUGCGCAUCACGAUGUACCAACCGGUACUGCUCUACACCACGGAGGAGCACGGGUGUUCCCUUACAACAUUUUAUGUGCGCGUGGAGCAUCACGAACCGACUCUACUCAUGAUCAAGACUUGUAACAACGAAGUAUUCGGUGCGUACUGCUCAACGCGUUGGUUCGAGAGGAACCAGAAGGACGAGAGGGGAAAUCGACAGGCGUACUUCGGCACUGGCGAGACAUUCCUCUUCAGCCUUUACCCGGAGCGUGCAAAGUACCCUUGGGUCGGUUGUUCAGCCGGCGACGGCAAAGAGGAUCAGCGAGUCGCGCACGGCUCCGAACUCUUCAUGGCAGCCGACUCCAAAAUGAUCACCAUCGGAGGAGGGGACGGCCAAGCAAUAUGGAUGGAUGAAAACAUCCGCUACGGCAAGACGGACCGGUGCUCCACGUUCAACAAUCCACCGCUCUGCCCCUCCGGCGACUUCGAGAUUCGCGUCCUCGAGGUGUACGGUUUCGCGGGGGCGUAA